AGAACACUUGCCACUUUGGAUUAACGUCAAUAUUUUGAUUGUUUACUGCAUCAAAUACAUUAUAAAAACUUAUUUUUUUAUAUAAACACAAGCAAUGUAUUAUUUUAAUAAUUAUUGAUAAAAAUAUAAACCAUACAGAUGUCACUUACUAAAAUUAUGACAGACAUGCUUUUGCAAAUGCCUCAACUAGAUAGACUGGAAAGGGAGUCAGGAGAACCUGUAGGAAAUAGCGAAACGGGCAAAGAAUUUUUAGAAUUAGAUAAUGUUAGGGUAUACCCUAGGAGUCUAGUUUUUGCGGGCGCGUAUGACGGAAAGGUGUUUCUGGAAAAAUUUCAAAUCAUCAACGUGGGAAAGAUUCCCGCGUUCGUUAGAGUUAUGCCGCCUACAUCCAAGGCCUUCAAAAUGAAACCACUUCCAAAGGGAACAAUGUUAUCUUCAGGCCUUAGUAUCACCCGAUAUAUAAAAUAUACACACUGUAGUGCUGUCGCAUUAUCCCAAAUUUUUAUAACGCUUUACAUUAACGAAAAACCUUUUUUGUAUGAGCUAGAAGUGUAUCUUAAUCAAGCCAUCGUCAAAACUUCACCAAAGAUGCUUCAUUUUGGAGAUAUCGACGUUGGCACAGCGUCUGAACAACUAUCAGUACAUUUACACAACGAAGGCGAAAAAGUGACCACUUUUGUGGUUGAUUUAGGAAGACAUGAUCUAGAGCUUAUAAUCGAUCCCAUGAAGGGCACUAUAAAGCCUUCUGAAAUUGUGGAAAUAAAAGUAGAAAUACUUGGCUCACGGGAAGGCAAGUUUUUGAAAGAAUUCUGGAUAAAAACCGAUCCACCUCAAAGAAUUUAUAUUACGGGAACCUUUAUUAUGCCACAAUUAAAAUUGGAGCAUCCAUUUAGCAAUUUUGAUUUGAUCGUUAUCCAUUUCCCCAAAACUUACUAUAAUGCAGAAAGCAUCAGAGCCCUAGUAGUAAAAAACAGCAGUUCCACUAAUUCGAUGUUCUGUACUAUGGCGAUAUACAAAAAUGAAGAAAAAAAAUUAGAUGAAGCUAGAAAAACUGACCAGAGUUUAAGGUUUUUUAAAUUAGCGCCAAAGGAAGGAAGACUAACAAAAAACCACAAAGCUGCUAUUAUUGUUAGAUUUGUUCCAAGAAGAUUAAGAUCAUUUACUCAAAAAUAUUGCAUUGCUAUGAUUAAAAUCGUAAAAGUAAACUUUCGAGAUGGUGUGAUAAAAGGAAAGGAUAUUGAAGUAAAGACAUUUUCAAGCCUUGUAGAUGCAGAGCAGUUCCAAAUUUGCUCUUUAAACUCAAUUGAUGAAAACUUUAAGGAGUUCCCACUUUUUCCAAGUCAUCUAAACUUAUGCCUAUACGGAGAAAUCGAAGAACCAAAUGUUAAAUUAACGCCCCAUUCCACAGAGCGAGAUGAUUUGUGUGUGGGUCAAGUAUAUAACUUCACUUUCAACAUUCAAAACGGAUCCAGGUAUUUGCCGAUAACAUUCAAGUAUCACAAAUAUGCCUGCUUCGAAAUGGAACCAGAUGAAAUGACAUUGAAGGCAAACGCUAAUGUUGAUGUUCUUUUGAUGUUGAAACCGUCUACCAUUGGAGAUAUUGAGACGGAUAUAUGUCUGUGUUUAACGUAUAAAGCUAAUGGUCACGUUUAUAAAGUUGGUAACGCAUACUUUCAUGUUCGAUACAGGUGUCACAAAGAUCCUUCAAUAAUAAGUCCCAUGCUCAAGCGUAAAUUUAACAUGGGUAUCACACCAGCUAUAACCGAUGAAGUGGGAUUCCUGGUUGAUAAUACCAAGUUCGGCGAUGCAAAGGAUGCACCAAUCCAUGCGUUCAUCAAUGUUGCAAAAAGAAAUGCGUUCCUUAAGCAAAAUACCAAUAUAGUCGCUUUUCCCAACGAUCGUCCCAGAAUAUUGCGACCAUGGACCAGCUCUCAUUAUCAAACAAUUUUUGCACAUAUACCCCGAAUUGAAGCCUCUGUAGACAAUUAUAUGCUAACGGAAUCCGAAGCUCUACUGAAAGAGAAGAACAAACAGAAAUAUAUUGACUUCAUUAGAACAAAUAGGACAAAAACAGUAGUAGAUAAAACUCUAUUGGACGAUAUAUAUCCAACCUCUCCUGAAAAGGUUCUAUUGACUAAAGAAACAAUUAAACACUGUCCUUUAAUUUUUACUGAAAAAUCUAAACCUCUAUUAUAUUUACCUUUAAUUCCAGAGCAACUGAUGGGAAUUGAAGUGAAUCCACAUUACAUUCAACUCGGAAAAAUUGCGCCAUAUAUAAGCUGCUCUGACUUUUUUACAAUUGCAAACAAAAAUGAAUUUCCUGUAGUGAUUAGCAUAGUUGCUCUAAGUAAUUCUGUCAUUGUCAAAGGAAAAAAGAGAAUAAAAAUAGCACCUUUUUCAACCGAAAAACUAUAUUUCGACUGUUUUUCUCAAGGCUUAGGCAAAUACUAUGUCCCAGUGUACAUUAUCAUCAACGACUGUCACAUUUUCAAUGCUACAGUUUUCGCAGAAGUUGUUCCUACAACUGUCAAAUGCAAAUUGAGAGAUAUAACUAUAAACCCGAAGGAUAAUGUCGCUUUUGUAGAGUUAUUUAAUCCAGUAAAUUGUGCCAUUGACUUUUCAUGGAACGUCCAAGACAAAUGCUACAGUAUCAUGCCAUCGUGUGGCACUUUGGAUUCAAGAAGAUCCCUCUAUUGUAAAAUAGUUUUUACUCCAAGUAUAGCCGCAGUGUUCAAAACUGAGGUCAUCCUCUACUCACAAAGUGGUGCUAAGCAAGUGCUGAAUUUGGCCUACAAAAAUCCCCGACCUUCUAUUUUAUUUAACACGGAUCUUUUGGAAUUUAAAGACAUUCCCUUGAAUAUGAGGGUAUCGAAGACGUUGGUGCUUAAAAAUAAUUCUGCUAAUAAAGUUGUGAUGUAUGUUAAAGAACCAAAACCAAUGGAAGAAAUUACUGUGACUCCACGCGUAGCUGUUAUACCCGGAAAGAGUACUUUGUUUUUUCAAGUUUUUGCUCAUUUCAGGACGGUUCAAACAUUCAAAUGUGUCUGUAACUUUACAUUACAAGAUGAAUAUGAUUAUCAAGUAAAUAUAGAAGGCGACGUAUGUUACCCUACUAUUUCUGUCAAACCGAAUUCCAUUCAAUAUCAAAAAAUUCCCACAGGAGCUUCCCACAGGAAGGUUUUCAAAUUAGAAAACACCAGCGAAUCAAAGCUAUCCGUAAAUUUUGAUUUUGAUCUAUACCGCGACUUCAGAGUAGUUGAUAUGGCCAACAAAACUGUCGACUCUAUUAACAUAGAUCCCCAUGCGUUCGUGAAUCUGUAUCUAGAAUUCGAACCGCUAGAACCAACAGCUUACACGUUCUACGUUCCUAUGGUUCUAAACAAUUUAGUUGGCCCACCGCUAUUGAACAACCCCAAAAGCUUUGAGUACAGUAGCUAUUUUGACGACCAAAAAACAGGAUUCGAGAAGCCAAGCAAAACCAUGGUUGGGUUGAGGGUGACUUGUGCAGCAGGUGCUCCGUGGUUCAAGUUCUCUUCGUUUUCUUUGUCAUUUACAAGUGAUGCACCAACUAACACGUUUCAAGUUACCAAUAUAUCAAACAUCAGUCGAGAUAUAAAGCUCAUGACAGAAAAUAUGGACGCUUGCUUUUCCGUUGAAGUAGAAAACAGUUCAGGUGCUGCCACAAUAAAGGAAAAAUAUAUUAGUCUCAUAUUAGAGCCAGAACAAUCAGUGACAUUCUUGUUUUCGUUUAAAACCCAAUCUCACGGAAUAUUCGAGAGCAAGUUAUUAUUUUACGUUGGCGAUUAUUUUGGUAACUGUCCCUUUAAUUUUGUGAGGUUAUACGCAACUACUACCCAACCAACGAUUGUCAGCAAAACAAAAAUGAUAUACAUUCCAGUAAUACCAAUCAAAACAAAGUUUACUAAAACCGUGGAGAUUGGAGUUAAUUUUCAUCAAGAAAAUUGUAAGUUAAAGUCCUUAUGUACACAUGACUUCUUAAAAUCUGAGAUCAAAAGCCACAAAAAGGAAGAAGAAGAUGGAAAGAAGUAUAAAUUGGUGGUCACGUUUUAUCCAAAAGAGGAAUGUGAAACAAGGGCAGAGGUUAUUAUAGGUUGUUCCUGCAAUGCUUCAUGUGAAAUAGGCAUUAUUGCAUCAUCGAGUAACAAUGCUCUUCUUUCGUAUAGACAUCGAAUGAAAUGGUACGUUGGUGAUGUUGUUACGAGAUGUAAAAGUCACGAAUAUUUUGGAGCACAUAAUAAUGACGUUUUGCAAGAAAAGGUUAAUCGAAUGCGGGAAAUUUUGGAAAACUUUUUUUAUAGCCAAGGUUUUUUCACGACUUCGUUUUAUAGAAUUCCAGAAACUAUAGCAAGAUAUCCUUUUGACUUAUAUCGUCAGGAGAAGGAAAGAAGAAUCGAGAAAAAGAAAGUUAUACAUUUACCCAUUGUUAGCCUUUUACGGAAUUUGGCCGAUGCGAGUAUAGUAAAUGAAAUUGUCGAAAAGAAUACCAGCGCCUCAUUAGACGACAAUCUUGGUACUUCCUACGACUAUGCAGUCUAUAGAAAUGCUCUAAGCUAUCUGGAACGAUAUGGGGUGUUUACGAACGAUAUAAGACCUGAAUUCCUUUUAACGUAUAUCAGAUACAUUACUCUUAGAGAAAGCAAUGAAGACAUUACAGGUACAACCAAUGGUGAAACAGUUUCCGAGGAAGAAUUUUCAAUUCUCAGUGAAGAGACGUGGCUAGAUUUUUUAAUAAGGAUUUACAAACUAUUUUUUUAUGAUCGAUUGUUGUCUGAUAAGAUCUAUAAGACAGGAAAGAUGGUUAUACACGACCAUUUCGAAGAAGCGCUUAAAGAAUAUCAUAGCCAAAACGAUCUUUGUUUUUCAGAGAAAAUGGAUAAAGCUGAGAUUAAUCUAUUGGUGUGGCUGGAAUUUCAUUUUCAGUCCAAAAAAGAUAAAUUGUGGCCGGACAAAGAUGUGCCAACAAGGCAAAUAAGAGACUUAAGUGUAGAUAUCAGGGACAGCCUUCCAUUAAUAACGUUACUGGCCACGUAUUGUCCCUAUUUGGAAGACCUAUUUAAAGAAAUCUACUUCGAGCCGUUCACCGAUCAUGGACAACUUCUCCACAACGCUUGCUUAGUAUCUGAGGCAUGGAAUAAACUGGAACUCUCUUAUACUAUUUCUACCAAUAAUAUUGUAUCACCCACAAACAGCGAAAUGCUAAUUUUGCUUAUGUAUCUCUACACUGUCCUUCCAGGCUUUUAUCCAACCGAUCAACUAACCAUUAACUCUAACCUAGGUGAAUCUUCUUCUGUACAUGUGGUACUAAAAAAUCCGGGAAAUACUGCAAUCAGUUUUAAGGCGAAUUUGUUUUUAAAUGACAACGGUAGUUUUCGUAUAAACGCUAAUACUGUCGUGAUUGAACCACAGAAAGAGAAAACCGUUCAAAUAUUCUACACAGCAAAGCAAAUCAUAAACGAAAACGCUGUAUUAGUGUUGUCUGGAGAAACUGGUCUCUAUAAAUAUUGCAGAAGCUCAGCAAUUAAUUUGACGGGAAUACCUAAUAUCCUAUAUUGUACAGAUGAAUACAUAAUUGAGCUAAAUAUGUACCAAUACACUGAAAAAUUCUUAACUGUAACAUCGCCGUAUUGUCAAAGUUAUGAAGCAUACACUUGCUAUUAUAUAUACGAUUCCACCAGCCUACCCUCAACAAUGGAAGAUUUUAUUUCAUUAAGUUCAUAUCCAAACUUACCAAGACAGUUAAAUAUAGAUACGUUAAUACGCUUUAACGAAAACGGUACUUACAAAUUGAGAAUAAAUCUCUGUUUUGUCACUUGCGGCACAUACGAGUACUACGUGUACUUUGUAAGUAAAGAAAUAGGUGUCUUUUGCAUCAAAUUAACGAUUGAGUCGACGCUAUCUGAAGAUACCUUCGAAGAACUCAAAAUUCGUAUUCCGUCCAACUUUGACACCCACGCUGAUUGUAAGUGUAAAAGAGGUGCAGUCAAUUCUCUUUGUCCAAGGGUUAUCAAAGCUGCUAUACCUUUCCAAAAUCCAAAGUUAUUAGAAGGUUUACGAAGGAUGAUGCAUAUACACGCAGAUUCUAGUGAACGUGAUUUUUGGAAUAAACAUUUAGUCUUUCCAAGAGGCUUCCAUAUUUUACGUGAAUAUUUAAAGAUCAAUUUCGAUGACAUACUAAUACCGUUUAAGAGAAUUUUGGAUUCAGAAGUUGUGUACACUACCAAAGCCAGAGGUAGAAAUUAUUCCCCGGAAGGAAAAAUACACAUAAAGGACGUAACCGAUGAAGGAAUAUGGCAGUUGUUUAUUCACUGGGAUGCUCAGACGUUUCCUGGAACUGAAAUUCUAUACCUCAAAUCAGAUCAUGAACAAGAACUACGGAAGUAUAAUUUGACGUUUUGGACACGAGAGAAAAGAAUAUAUUAAUCAAAUGAAAAUCCUGGGAGGCUGUGUUCCAACAUUUGUAUAUACUUUUAUAUUUAUAUUUUUUUAAAUAAAAUAAUGAGAGAUAAAUAUUAUCAAAAGUA